AUGACACCAAGAGCCUGCGCCUCUCUGUCGAGGCGAGCCUCAAGAAGCUCCAGAUCACGUACAUUGACCUCGCCACCUCCACUUCAGGGACAUGACCGCCGAUCUCCCCGAGAUCAUGCGCUCGCUGAACCAGCUCUUCACCUCGGGUAA